CGUAUUUUUUUCAAGGUUUUUUUUAUUACCUUUAUUACCCCGUUUAAACGCGUAUAAAACAUUCAUAGAUAACACGGUUUCUAUCAUUUCUUUAUCAUCGUUGAUGGACUUCAUAUUCAAAAUAUGUUGCCUUGACAACUAUAUCCAUUUGGGAUUAGUGGUUCUUGUGGAAAAUAUUUAAAGGAGUGUUAGAAAAUGGAAAGUUGUUUUGGAUACCAAGAAUUAAAGGCAUUGCAAGGUUUAAUUAGUGCUCCUAAAGAUCAUUCAGAUUCUGAGGAUGAUUUACCGCAAGCUGGUGCUCGAAAACUGGGGCCCGGCGAUAUUGGCAAUAAAAAUGGAAGACCUCAACAACACUCAGGUCCACACGCACCCUUAAAAAGAAACGACGACGAUAUUUGGCACUCAUCUGAAGUGGACUCUGUGCAGAACUUAGAAUUCUAUGAUCCAAGAAAAGUGCCGGAAUACGAAAUGAAAUUUAAGCAAUCAGUGUCGGCGGAAGAUGUCUUUCUAGGAAUGGGCUUUAAAACGCCAAGCACUUCGUCCUGCGAGUGGCUAUCCAUAUCUGUAAGGAUGCCGGAAGAGACGCGUGAAAAGAUCGAGCUUUCGGUCGAACCGGAAGCGAUUGAUGUGCGCAGUCCAAGAUAUCGGCUGCACCUUGCGACGCCUCAUCCGGUUGACCCGAACUCUUCAACGGCCAAAUGGCACGGCGACAAUUCUACUUUGGAGAUUGUAUUAAGACUUGUUCGCGAACUGGAUGAUGUGAAUUUUUAAAGGAGAAUUAAGUCACAUAAAGAAUUGUAACGAAAGCAAAUCUUCGAUACACAGUUCUUUGUACCUUUCUAAUUUGUUAGAAUAUGUAAGAUGUUUUGAAUUGAAAUAAGGAUACUGAACUAUAGAUAAGAUAUAAAAUAGACCAAUCAUUAUAUUAGAAUUGAGGUCUCAUAAUCUGAAAUAUCGAUAGGGUUGAAAACUUCAUCUUUGUUAGCUAUUCUGUUGCGCACCCUAUGAUUUAGGAUCACGAUUUUAGGAACUAUAUUAGA